AUGUUUUUCUUGCCUAGGGAAAUUAUUUUAACUUCGCAUGUUAUCUACAGGGUGUUCUACAUGCGGAGUAAAGUAAUAAUGCUGGGGGCGCUGUCGCUGCCGGUGUUCUACUUCGUGAUGCACGUGUGGUACCUGUACUCCGGAUUUAUAAACUACGACUACAAUAUGAAAGUCAAUGUUUUCUUCGGAGCACUUGGGUCAGUGAUCUGGCUGGUACUGUCCUGGCACCAGUGGACGUUACGGCGGCGGUACGCGUGGCGUAUGAUGGCGUUCACGUUGCUGUCUGGCGCGGCGCUCGGUCUGGAACUGUUCGACUUCCCGCCCAGACACGGUGUCUGGGACGCACACGCGCUCUGGCAUUUGAGCACGGCGCCUUUACCAGUCUUAUUUUAUAGUUACGUGAUAGCUGAUCUACGGUACGUGGCAUCUAGUGAAUUGGACAAGUUUGCUUUCAAGAUGACGUGAGAGGAAGACCCUAUUUAUUAAUAGCUAAGUAAGCCUUCACUGUUUUUGUAUAUAAGUUUUAAAGUCAAUAAACAACUUGCAAUAAAUAAAGGUAACAACUUUUUUUAAGUAAAAGUGAGUGAAGUGAAGUGAAUUUACUUAUACCUA